AUGGCGCUCAUAAAAUGGAAGGUGCCACAGAAGCGCGUCCCGUCAGAUUCCAGGUCGAGAAAAGUGGCGAAUAUUAUAUGUGCAACUGCAAACAAACUACAACUCGACCAAUUUGUGACGGAUCUCAUAAAGAGGUUACAAUUUGAAAGAAUUUUUGUGUUUGUUCCGGGUGGCUCAUCAGCAAAUCCCAUUAUUUUGCGUCACAAAAAGACUUCUACGCUACUAGAUUCGUUGCGUUCGGUGACAAUUCACCAGUGUAUGAUGGAGUUGCUCGUAAGCUUGGCUACAAGCCGAAGGGUGGCGGUUUCCAGUAACAUAAAAAAUAUGCUAGUUUUUUGCCCCUUUUGUGGAUCAAUGCUGCAAAUUGAAGAAAGUGAUUCCUGUAUGCAAUUUUCCUGUCCUGCAUGUCCGUAUAUUUGUCCAGUAACAAAAAAGGUAAGUAGUCGUAUCUAUCCCAAGCUUAAAGAUCUGGAAGAAGUUCUUGGAGGACCGUCAGUAUGGGACAACGCCCAGGUGACAAAUGAGAGGUGUCCAAAAUGUUCAAAUGAUCGUGCGUAUUUCAUGCAAAUACAAACGCGAUCGGCUGAUGAACCGAUGACAAUAUUUUAUCGUUGUGCAAAUGCUGAAUGUGGUCAUCGAUGGAAAGAUUGA